UCCUGCUCAUUGUAGAUGUGUUGGGUUGGCAGGGAGAUACAUUUGCACUUUGCUGAACCAAUCGCCAUCUGUCUUACACGCUCAUUGACUUUAUGUACAGGCCCAAUGUAAGGGCCUAUGAGAAUACUGCACUAACAUGGGGUGUGUUUUAUGGCAACAUGAAAAUCAUGCAAGAUGCUGUUGAGCAUGGCGAGAUCAUAAAUUCUAAUGGAGCAGUUCUCCUCCAGACAUCUCGGGAAUAUCAAACCAUUUUGAUGACUUCUGCCUUCAUAUCCGGCUUGAAGUGACCACGUAUAACUCAUCUUAUAUCCUGGAUGACGGUAUCGCCACACCCCUGAUCCUCGCGGCUGGUUCAGGGCGUUCCGAUACAGCUCGGUUUCUCCUUCAGCACGGCACAUAUAUCAAUCACAUUGAAAAGGACAUGACAGCAGUAAUGGCUGUUGCACAGGGAGGUCAUACCAACAUGGUCGAGUUUAUGCUGCAAGAUUAUGCAGAGGUCACGCUCAGGAAAAGCACGAAUGCGUCGGAUUUGGUAGCUGACAGUGAUCACAUCAGUACUCUAGAUGAGCUACUUCGGCAUGGUGCAGAUCCCGACGACUAUGUUGAAGAGAGCCUGGCCCAUGCUCAGGACCCUUAUGACUCCGACUCCGACCUCAACUCGUAUCCAACUAUCAUCAAGGUGAUAUAAAAUGAUCGUUUUGAAAUGGUCUAGAUGUUGCUCGACUACGGUUCCGACAUUCAGGUCGAAGGCUUCUAGAGCAAGACGCCUCUCAUGUACGCGAUUAAUAACGGCUAUUGGGAUAUGGUGCGGCUACUGUUGGAGAUGGGCGCAGAUUCCACCGAAGAACACGAUAUGAACGGAGCGAGGGGUACUCAAUCCACUCCUUUACCCCCGAGGAAGAAGGAAGUGAAUAGGAUGAUGCAUCAUCCUAAG